CAGAGCUGUAUUAUUUUGUGUAGAACAUUAUCUAUUGGUACUGCUAGUACGCUAUUAGUCUCAGAUUUCUUUUCCACUCAGUAUAAUCGGUUUAGUUAUUAAUAUUAAUUCGUAGUUGUCACUCGUCAGCUUUGGAGUCUGUUCUGUAACAAUUAACCUGAUUCGCAUCUUUUUUCGUUUCGUACAACUCCUAUUUUGACUUGAAAACAUCGCUUAUUAGGCACACUGUAGUAUAGGUACUUACCCAGCAGCGUACCUACCGCAUAAUAUCUCCAUCCGUUAUCUAUAUCAAGGCGACACAGUGUCUGCUGCAUAUAUACAGAGUACUAGCAGUUCCUAAAACCACUCCAAAAAUCAUUCUUCUUUGAGUGAUAACUGGGGCGUAUAGUUUUGAACUAACCACGAGAUAGUCAAGAUUAUCGUCCGAUGUACACGAUGUUUGGCAACGCAGAUCCGAUGCAACAGAACGCAAACUCGUUCGAAGCAGAAAAUGCCCAACACAAUUUAUUGCUUCUGGUAAACCUGGUGAUCAAAGUGAAUGACUUAAUAAGUAGACAACAUGUUGACAAAAAAUCUUCAAUGGUAUUUAAAAAACUGUUUGAAAUCAUUUGCAAUGCUUGGGAAGAGCAGACCUACAAGCUCAGCAAUGCCUUGUGGAACACGUUCAAACAUUGUGGUGGAACAGAUUUGUUGAUUAAAAAUAAUUGUGCGUCCGAAUAUGAAAUCGUACAAUUUUCGAGCGAUAGACUUGUGGAAAAAAGCCAAACAGAAACUAACGACUACAUAUUGAAAAACGUAGAAGAAAAAUUCUUGCGCAUAGUACCUAAAGACAAGACUCAAGUUAGCUCGCUCGAUAUAUUUAAGUUUAAUUUCAGAAUCUUUGAAAACUUAUUCAAACAAUCCGAUAUCACUUUCAUUGACCCCAACGAACUCGUUGGUUUGGGCGUACUUCUCGACGAGUGGCGACGACGAGAUUUCGUGUCUCUGAAACAAACCCUCAAUGCACUAUUCAACUUAUGGAGGCCGCAUGGAUGCCCAAAACACAAAAAUUGUAUGAUAAAGCAUAACAUACACACUCGGUUUUUCACAUUGAUGUUUAAGACUGAAGACAAUGUCAAGAAUUACAUUGCCAUUUUGGUUACCGAUAAUGAAAUCAGGACAGCAAUAAUUAAACGUAAAAUACCGACGGAAAUAUUCAAGUUUAGUGUAGCCAAUGUCCGUUGCCAAAGCCAAAUUUGCAUGGAAAAAUGCACUCCUGUUUUUAAUUCCAAUAGCGAGGAAACGUCAAAAGCGUCUAAAGCCAGAAUCAAAAAGCAGCUUGAUAAGACAAGUAUAUUCGGAGCCAUAAACGUUAUCAAACCACUGGAGAAGGUGAUCGUUAAUAACACAGCAUCCGAAUUAAGGGAUCAAUCAAGUCGGUUGACUGUCGAAGAAGUGCCUAAUAACAGGCUCAACAUGUGUGUUCACCAAUGGUCCGCGGAGGAAGUCCAUAGAUGGUUCAAGCCAAUUGGGCUUACCGAGUUUGCGGAUAAUUUAUUGAAAAAUCGAGUCGAUGGUGAUCUACUAUUGCGUUUAACCAUAGACGAAUUGAGAAACGAAAUCGGAAUACUCAACGGAAUAAUGAAAAAAAGAUUUGUAAGGGAGCUAAACAAUUUAAAACAAUCAGCGGAUUACAGUAGUAUUGACACAACAGAUUUAAACUCGUUUCUAAAAUCAAUCAAUUUGGAGUAUUCAGUGUACACGUAUCCUAUGUUGAUUGCUGGGGUCACUAGAGAUUCAAUGAGGUUUGUAACUGAUGACCAACUCAAAAAUGACUGUGGAAUUUCAAACGGUGUUCACCGAAGUUGUAUAAUAACCUCGAUCAAGGAAAUGCCGGCGGUGUACGUAGAAAACAUAAACAAACAUUGUAGCCUCAGCGUGUACAUCAGUUACAACCGAUCCACCGAUUCACUGCUGGCUAGCUUAAUUAAAGUACACUUGAAAAUUCGAGGUUACAAUAAUGUGUUCCUCGACGUGAAACGUUCGAAUGACGCCGAAUCUCGCAAUAAUGUAUUGCAGACCAUAAGACAGACACAAAACUUUAUAGUUGUGUUGACGCCAGGUUCAUUAGACAAGCAGCUGAUGAAUUCGCCAGCCCGUGAUAUCGAACAUUUUGAUGUUAUUCGCGAGGAAGUCACAACCGCGAGAGAAGGCCAGUGCAAUAUAAUACCAGUAUUGGACAAAAAUUUCUCUUGGCCUCCGCCUGCACUGAUACCAGACGACAUGAAACACUUGUGCGAAUUCAACUCGAUAAGAUGGGUGCACGAUUAUCAGGAUGCGUGCGUGGACAAGUUGGAGACGUUUAUGAACCAAUUUUAGCGACUCAAAUAACCCUAUACUAUCGGUACAUAGACCAUAACAAAAUUAAUACCCAUAUGCAUUAAAAUGUAUAUAAUAUUGUUAUGGUAAUCUACUGGUACCUAUACUUAUAAUUACAACUUUUUUUAAUUAUUAUUGUGCUUAUUUUUAUUAGUUCAUUUUCGAUUAUAUACUCAUAAAUCUUAAAUAAACUUAGUACUGACACCGAUAACAUUAAGAGGAUAUCACCGCAAUAUUUGUUUUCUCUCUCAGACUCGCGAGCAACAUAGACAAAACGCAAUCACCUGAAAUCUUUUUUUCGUGUGUUUUGAGUAACCUUAGAUUAAAAUCAUCUAUAACAAAAAUUAUAAAGAAUACAAUUUAUGAGGUUAUGACGUAUCUGUUUUAUAUUUGUGUUAGUAUUUGACUUUGUAUUCGGCUUGAAUGAGUGAUUUUCUGUUAAGAUUAUUCAAAAACAUAAAAAAAAAAGAUUCGUCGUAAAUGCGUUUUAUCUACGUCGCGCGCGGGCCAGAUAGAGAAAACAAAUAGUGCUCUGAUAUCCUCUUAAUUAGAAUUAAUUGAGCACUGACACCGAUAACAAUAAUUAGAAUUACACUUAUUGUUAUAUUACGCAUUUACCUAUAUUAUAUUAUUAUUAAAUAAACUGUUUGAACAGUAUAAUUUUAUGUUUACAAUAAAUUAAUUAGAAACGCGGCCAAGUCAAAUGUGAAGUUAGUAUUGAUUGUUAUAGACAUGAUUUUAUGAUAAUAAUGUAUUCUGUGCAGUACAUAAUGAUUAAAUGAUUUUUGAUAAAACUAUUUUAUGAAUGAUU